AUGUCUGCGGCCGACGGAGAGGGCUGGGAUGGCAACCGGCAGCGCGGAGGGGGCAGCGGCGACGGGCCGGCGGCCCAGGCCCCGCCCGGGGGGCGGCUCAACCGCUUCGUUCGUUUCCCGCCCGGCCCCGGACGCGGCGGCCACAGAAUUCCACCAGCCAGAAGUGGCCACCGCUGCGUGGCAGACAACGCCAAUCUAUAUGUGUUUGGAGGAUACAAUCCUGACUAUGAUGAAUCUGGAGGGCCGGAGAAUGAAGAUUACCCGCUUUUCAGGGAACUCUGGCGAUACAACUUUGCUACUGGCACCUGGCAUCAAAUGGGCACAGAGGGCUACAUGCCUCGAGAGCUGGCAUCCAUGUCGCUCGUGUUGCAUGGGAAUAACCUCUUGGUCUUUGGUGGCACCGGGAUCCCAUUUGGGGAGAGCAACGGGAACGAUGUACACGUCUGCAAUGUGAAGUACAAGCGUUGGGCCCUGUUUAAUUGCCGAGGGAAGAAGCCAAACCGCAUCUACGGGCAGGCUAUGGCUAUUAUUAAUGGGUCCUUGUACGUAUUUGGAGGAACGACUGGCUAUAUCUACAGCACAGACUUGCACAAGCUGGACCUGAACACCAGGGAGUGGACACAGCUAAAGCCAAACAACCUGCAUUGUGACAUGCCAGAGGAAAGAUACAGACAUGAAAUUGCACACGAUGGGCAGAGAAUUUACAUCUUGGGCGGUGGGACUUCUUGGACCGCCUAUUCCUUGGACAAGAUUCAUGCCUACAAUCUUGAAACAAACACUUGGGAAGAAAUCGCAACCAAGCCUCAUAAGAAGAAAGAUUACCCUGCAGCCCGGAGAUGUCAUAGUUGUGUACAGAUAAAAAAUGAUGUCUUUGUCUGUGGGGGAUACAACGGAGAAGUCAUCUUAGGAGAUAUAUGGAAACUGAACCUGCAGACCUUUCAGUGGGUGAAGCUCCCAGCAGCGAUGCCUGAGCCGGUGUAUUUCCACUGUGCUGCUGUGACUCCGGCAGGCUGCAUGUACGUCCAUGGAGGAGUGGUGGACAUUCACCGAAACAGACGGACUGGCUCUCUCUUUAAGAUGUGGCUUGUCGUGCCCAGCCUCCUGGAACUGUCUUGGGAGAAGCUCCUGGUUUUCUUCCCUCACCUAGCAAACCUCAGCAGAUCGCAGCUUUUGCACCUCGGACUGACGCAGGGACUCAUUGAGCGUUUGAAAUGAACUUCCUGCUCGCUGGCGCUAAUUUAAAAAGUGGCCCCCCUCGCCCUUCUCUGUCGCUCGUUCUCUUUUUUCUCUGUAUUUAUGGUCCUGUGGCGGACACUGCUAAGGAGGCAGAAAGCCCUGCUCUAAAGCCUUACUCUGCAAAGUACUUCAGAUGCCUUUCCUGUUAUUUUUUUUAUUUUAAAAUUUAUUAAACUCUGCUUUUUUUAAUUUAUGGAGACCUAUAAAUACAUCAUGAACGAAAGCUGCUGUUGCUGAAAUAAUUUGUACUGGUUCUGCCACACGCUUGUAGUCUCGCCAGGCGAGGAUCCGGUCGCUGCCUUCCCACUUCUGGCCUCUACUUCCUCUCUGGUAAGAGGUGCUGCUCCGCAUCGACAGCGCUCGGCUCCCUCGGCAUCCAGCGAGGCUCUUGUCCUGCUCCCUGCUGGGCCUCUGUGAGGGGAUUAGAGCAACCCAGUGCCGCCUUGUCCUUGGUUUGUGAUCCUUUUUCAGGUGCUGCAGCAGGCAAAAACAGGCUGCCCCUUGCAGCUGUCUAAAAUGGGUCACUUGUUGCCCUUUCAUGCUGAAAUACCCCGUGUGAGUUGUGUUUACAUGCGGCUGCCGGCUGACUUCAGCAGAGUUGCCUGACCCAGAAAGGUCAAUGCUGAGUUGCCAUUCCUAUUUACAUCCAACACAAGAAGAGUUAUUAGGAAAAGAACCAUGAAGAUAAGCUGUUUUUUUCCUGUUGCAAGUGUGUUUGUGUGUGUAACGGGGGGGGGGGAUCCAAGUUCAGUGCUGCAGCUGUAUUGGCAACUAAUUUUUCUUCUGCUGUUCUUACCACUGGCCUUUUGAGUUCUUGCUUUCAGACUUUUUUUUUCCUUCAAAUUUUGAAAUCCUGUUCCACUUGGAUGGGGAUCUUCCCUCAAAGAGGCUUUUUGUUAGUCAGUCCUUCAUUCCCAAGAAAGGCCAUGCUAUAGCUGGUUUGUCUCUUGUGCAUGAGCAAAAUCCUCUAUAUUUUGCUGUGAACAGUAUUUGCCUUUUUAAAAAAUGCUGGAAAAAGAAA